GGAUCACCAUUGGCCAUGGAGGUCAAGAUAUUGUUAAUCUUUUUAAUAUCAUUCUCUUCAAUUUUCUCCACUGCGCUCGCCAGGGAUAGUCGAAGCAAUAUAACAUGGUGGUGUAGCAAAACGCCUCACCCUGAACCAUGCAAAUAUUUCAUGCGCCACGGCUCCCACCGUUUUGCACCCGAACAUAUGACUGAAUUUCGGAAGAUGCUAGUUCGAGUAGCCAUGGAUCGAGCCGUCGUGGCCGAAAAGAAUGUCUUGGAGUUUGGACAGAGUUGUGAGAGUCGACACCAGAAGGCGGCAUGGAGGGAUUGUCUCAAACUUUUCGAUAAUACCAUUCUUCAACUCAACCUUACUCUACAAGGCCUAGAGACUGGGAGCAGGAUUAGCUGCAGUGAUUUUGAUGCACAAACUUGGCUUAGCACAGCCUUGACCAAUAUCCAAACAUGCGAAGCGGGGUUCAUGGAUUUCAAUGUUUCAGACUUCUCUACGCCUAUAACAUCCAACAACAUAUCCCAGCUUAUUAGUAAUAGUUUAGCCGUUAAUGGGGUUUUCUUGCAUAUGAAAAACCAUACAGAAGUUUCUCCUGGUUGGCUUUCGAGGCACGACAGGUGGCUACUAGCAUCCGCAUCGACAAAAGUAAAGGCACAUCUUGUGGUAGCAAAAGAUGGUUCAGGAAAUUUUAAGACCGUUCAAGCUGCUCUGGAUGCUGCAGCAAAGAGGAGAAGGACCAGCAGGUUUAUCAUAUAUGUGAAAAAAGGUGUUUAUAGGGAGAAUAUUGAGGUUGUCAAUACUAACUCUAACAUUAUGCUGAUUGGUGAUGGCAUGAAACGCACAAUAAUCACCAGCAGCAGGAGUGUUAAAACAGGUUACACAACCUACAGCUCUGCUACUGCCGGCAUUGAUGGCCCUGGAUUCAUUGCUCGGGACAUUACAUUCAGCAACACAGCCGGUCCAACAAAAGGUCAAGCAGUUGCCCUCCGUUCAGCAUCGGAUCUCUCGGUCUUCUACAGAUGUGCCAUACAGGGAUAUCAGGACACCCUCAUGGUACAUUCACAGCGACAAUUCUACAGAGAGUGUUACAUCUAUGGCACUAUAGACAUCAUAUUUGGCAAUGCAGCAGUAGUCUUACAAAACUGCUCAAUCUUUGCCAGAAAACCCUUAAAGGGCCAGGCAAACAUAAUCACAGCACAAGGCCGUGGUGACCCUUACCAGAACACCGGGAUCGCAAUCCAUAAUUCAAGAAUUUUAGCAGCAAAUGAUCUUAAGCCAGUGGUUCGUUCAUUUAAAACCUACUUAGGGAGGCCAUGGCAGAAGUAUUCUCGAACAGUUGUCCUAAAAACUUACCUCGCCAGCUUAGUUAGUCCUGCAGGAUGGUCGAAAUGGGGCGAUUCUAACUUUGCCCUUGACACAUUGUAUUACGGAGAGUACAAGAAUAAUGGCCCAGCUUCUUCUACUAGAUAUAGGGUCAAAUGGCGAGGUUUUCAUGUAAUAACUAGCCCAAAUGUGGCGUCACGUUUCACUGUUAAUAGCCUUAUUGCUGGCGGGUCAUGGCUCCCGGCAACUGGUGUGCCAUUCACUGCAGGCCUCUGAAAAUGUCCUCCUAUAUGUGUACAGGGCAGAAUUAUCAUUAUUCAUUAUAUUUUUUUACUUGAUUUUUCUGUUCAUUGUGAAUACAUUCUUAAGUUAA